AUGUGAUAGGAGUGAAAAACACAAAAGCUUGUGAUGUGUCUGUUUUCAUAUUGCUCGAGACCUAUAAUAUGUUUAAACUCUUUCACCACAGAAGCUUGUCACCUGCAGCUUCAUGUUGUAUUUUUUAUUCUAUGUUUCUCUCAAGGAUCUAGUUACUUAAAAUUCCUAUCUCUUAAAUUGCACUCUGCUUUUACAACAAAAUGCGAGUAUAGCUACAGCUUCCUACUACUGCUUCCUUCUCAACCACCACUCAACAUUACUCGUCGCAGUUCAUACUUCAUAAGGGCCUGCUACAAUUAGUGCUACUUGAUCAUUCUUAGCACUUAUUUUUUUUCCUUCUAUUUGUUUUUACUAGAUUUUAGCUUUCCACUGUUCUUGAUGCAUGAACCGAGCCAUAAUGGAUAGUUGUAUCUAGGGAAUUACAAAAGUCAAUUGAAUUAUGGCAUGAUUGGCUUUAGAUCUUCCCUGGUUUCGGCAGUGUUACAGUACAGGUAAUGCUGCAACCAAAAUAAUUCAUAACUCAAGAUAGGAGGUAGGGAGUUUCUUGUUAAUUUCCAAAGGCCACAGUCUCAAGAAAAAUUGUCCAAUUUGCGUAUUCUAAGUGAGAUUAGGUGUUUAUUGUAGUAGUUGAUCUUGUUGGAGCUUUGCACUUCCUCGGAGAAAAUCUUCAACUGUUGCGCAGGAGAGAAAUAAAUUCAUCCACUAGCUAUAGCCAAUAUGUAAUUGCAUUGUUUUUGAAUUCACCAGUAGCAGGUCAUAUUAGCUGUACGACUCUCCAAAAUUAGCUGUUAAUUCCUUGUUAGCAGUGUGAUAUAAGAAGAUUUUACGCAUAAAAUUAAAAUAGCUAAAUACAUUGAAAUAGAGAAGUGUCACUAGAGUGUCAUGUGAUAAAAGAAUAUAUAUACUUGCCAAAGUAAAAAAUAAGUUUUAUUGAACAGAUGUAAGACUAAUAUUAUAUGAGAGUGAAUGUUUUGCCCUUAAAAAUCCAACAUAUCCAGAAAAUGAAUAUUUUGGUCUAUUUUUAUCGAACUAUAUUUAUAUAUGUUAAUUUCGUUAACACGUUUUAUUAUAUUUGUAGGAAAAAAAUUGGGGAGGAAGAUGAGUCAUGAUGAGUUCUUCAUGGAGACUCACAUCCGGAAGAAGAAGGCACCGACAGAUCCAACUAGAUGGGUCGAGGACCGGGCGGAGAUUACACAUGGUCGCUACAAGAUCAAUUUGGAGGAGUACACUCAGAGCUUGCCAUCAAAUGAGCAAGGUGAGCGACCGCCCAUUUCAGACGAAGAAGAGGAGAGGACAUGGUUGGAUAUUGUCGGUGGUCCUAAAAAGGGGAUAGCAUACGGCCUUUCAGAUAAAUUGUUUCGGCGCUACAGGGCUGGAUUGCAAGGUAUAGGGACUUCCGCCCAGGGCGAGGCGAUUGAUAGUUCGACUAUAUCGUCUAUGGAACAGAAGAUCGCAAAGCUGAGUGCAGAGCUUGAAGAGACCAAGGCUAGAGAAAAGAAGAGAUUUGAUACCCUUCAAAUUCAGCUAGAAAGGAGGGACGAACAAUUUGAUACCCUUCAAGUUCAACUAGAAAGGAGGACCGGAUAAUUUGAUCUCCUUCAAGGUCAGUUGGCCAAUCUUCUUGCUAGUGGUGCUUUCCCCAUUCCCCGGUCUCCUCCUCCUUCCCCACGUGCCGGCGAUGAAGGUCCUAGGACUGAAAAUGGAGAUGAUGCUACAUAAAAAAUCUCAUUGAAUGUUGUGUAUUGUUAAACAAAGUUUUGAACUUGUCAAUAUUUUGUUGUUGUUGGUUAUUUGAAUGAUGAUUAUAUUGUUAUUUUGUUAUUGAAUAUUUUAGUAGUUGUUGUUGU